AUGGAUGAGUUCUUGGAAAACUCAAAUAUUGCAUAUACACCAAACAUAUUAUCUCAAAAUGAAUACAAGAAAUUUUGGUUAUUAUGGUCUAAUAACACUUUGAAAUUGGGUGUAUUUGAUAAUCCAAAACCACUUGCAACUAAAAAGGGAAUUAACUUGGAUAAAAUAAAGUAUGUCACAUGUUCUGGCUGCGGGAAUGUAGUACAUUGGAAAUUGUUGUUGCCACCAGCAAUUGAAAAGCCACUUUCUAUACCAUUGAAGUCGGGGAAAGCUCAGUGGGUGGCAGCUGACGUACAAUUGCCUGAUGACGCAUUUAUAGGCGGAUAUGAAAAUGAAUUCCUCUAUAUAAUCAGGGCUAAACAUAGAGGCUCACUGAUUCCCGGCAAAUUUGUACCAUCCAUGGGCCUCGGUUUCAUAUCUUGGGGUGGUCAAGUACAUGAGAAAACUGAAUUUGAUGUUCUUUGUGGAUAUGACUUAAUGUGGGUUAAAACAAUUUUUGACGACAUACCAGUGGAGGCGAUAGAAGCUGGCCGCUCUGAAGGGUCCAACGCUGAAGUCCUUUACGUUGGACGGGUGGAAUACCUCGGCCAUUAUAUACCAGGAAAAGUACAACCGUCACAUAAAGUUUGCUAUAUUCCAUAUCUAUGGGAUGAGGUUGGGAUGAGUGAAUUUGAAAUUUUAAUCCAACCCCACUCCAACAAAUACAUAGCGGAUAAAAUUUAUCGCGACAGUGAAAGCUUCUGAUUCAUAUUCUGAUGAAGACGUCGAUUUGUAGCUGUAUGGAUAUAGCACAUUAGAUUAAAACGGCGACUUUUUCCGCAAUAUGCGAUAAAAAUAUGUUCUCAAUGUUAUCUAAAAAAUAUGUGGUCACGAAUUUCCUCUCCAAUUAAAUCAGUUAAACAGAACGGACAUAAAGCAUGUCAGACAAAAAAAAAAUAUAAGAAAAGGAGUUUUAUGAUUUGGUCUUCGAAUAUGUAAAUAUAAGUAAACAGAUCGUAGCGUCUCUUAAAAUUAGAACUGCCAAGUAAAAUAUAAAUUACAUGAUUUUAACAAUUUGUGUGUAAACGGUAAAGUAUUAAAUAUUAUGGUGUAGGUAUGUAAUCCCACCAAAAACAUAAAUGUAAAAAUUGGAGCCGAGUUCAAUCGUUGACUUAA